CGUGGCACAAAGGUUGUUGGCAAUUUCUUGUUGAAACAUUUCGUCUUAAUGAAACUUGUGGUGAGUUCCUUUCAAAAAUGACUUCGUACCAGGACUUUAUAACUCAGAACGAGGACCGUGAUGGUGUUAGAUUUAGCUGGAAUGUUUGGCCCUCGAGUCGACUGGAAGCUACGCGAAUGGUUGUUCCUGUUGGUUGUAUGUACACACCGUUGAAAGAACGACCAGACCUUCCUCCAAUCUGUUAUGAUCCUGUUUUGUGUACAAGGAACACUUGUAGAGCAGUGUUGAACCCGUUUUGUCAAGUGGACUAUCGAUCUAAAGUUUGGCACUGCAAUUUUUGCUUCCAACGAAAUGCGUUUCCUCCUCAGUAUGCUGGAAUAUCAGAACAGCACCAACCUGCUGAACUUAUUCCUCAGUUUUCAACCAUUGAGUACACUCUACAGCGUGGAGGCACCUCUGGUCCAUUGAUAUAUUUGAUAGUGUUAGACACAUGUAUGGAUGAUGAAGACUUCCAGGCUGUGAAGGAAUCUCUGCAAAUGUCUCUGAGUCUAAUGCCACCCAAUGCAUUGGUUGGUCUCAUCACAUUUGGUAAAAUGGUUCAUGUCCAUGAGCUGGGAUGUGAAGGUUGCUCCAAGAGUUAUGUCUUCAGAGGAACAAAGGACCUUAAUGCUAAACAAAUACAGGAUAUGCUUGGCCUAGGAGGCAGUGGGCGAGGACAACAGCAGCAAAUGAGAGGAGGACCUGUACCACCACAACAACAGUCCAAUGAAACAUUUAACAGGUUUCUCCAACCAGUCCACAAAUGUGAUAUGAGCCUUACUGAUCUAUUGGGAGAACUUCAGCGAGAUCCUUGGCCUGUUCCAACUGGCAAAAGACCCCUAAGGUCAACUGGUGUGGCAUUGUCCAUUGCUAUUGGUCUGCUUGAGUGCACAUAUCCUAACACUGGUGGUAGAAUCAUGUUGUUCAUGGGAGGACCAGGAACACAGGGACCAGGUAUGGUGGUUGAUGAAGAGUUAAAAAAUCCAAUGCGAUCACAUCAUGAUCUUGAGAAAGACAAUGCAAGACAUGUCAGGAAAGCUAUUAAGCAUUAUGAAGCAUUGUCACGCCGUGCUGCAGAAAAUGGGCAUGUUGUGGAUAUAUUUGCAUGUCAGCUGGAUCAGACAGGACUUCAUGAAAUCAAGAGUUUUCCUAAUGUCACAGGAGGCUACAUGGUGAUGGGAGAUUCAUUCAACACAGCACUUUUCAAACAGACAUUUCAGAGAGUGUUUUCCAAAGAUAUGCGUGGAGAGUUUAAGAUGGCUUUUUGUGCUACACUUGAAGUGAAGACAUCAAGAGAGUUGAGAGUGUCAGGUGCCAUUGGACCAUGUAUAUCAUUGGACAGAAAAGGACCUAACGUUUCUGAAACAGAAAUUGGAGUUGGUGGAACAUGUGCAUGGAAGAUGUGUGGAUUAGAGCCUCAGACAACACUUGGAGUUUUCUUUGAAAUAGUUAACCAGCACACAGCCCCAGUCCCCCAAGGAGGGCGUGGCUGCAUACAGUUUAUCACUCAGUAUCAACAUUCCAGUGGCCAGCGGAGAGUUCGAGUCACAACGUGCGCACGAAACUGGGUAGAUGCAUCAAAUGUUCAACACAUCGCUAUGGGGUUCGACCAGGAGGCUGCAGCCGUUAUGAUGAGCAGAGUAGCUGUUUUCAGAGCUGAAGGAGAUGAUGGACCUGAUGUGUUGCGCUGGUUGGAUCGCAUGCUCAUUCGACUAUGUCAGAAGUUUGGUGAAUACCAUAAGGAUGACCCAGGCUCUUUUCGUUUGGCAGAUAACUUCUCACUUUAUCCACAGUUUAUGUUUCAUCUUAGACGGUCACAAUUCCUUCAAGUGUUCAAUAACAGCCCUGACGAGACAGCCUACUACAGACACAUUUUAAACCGUGAAGAUGUAACAAACUCGUUGAUUAUGAUUCAACCUAUCCUGUACUCAUAUUCCUUUCACGGCCCCCCUGAGCCUGUGUUGUUAGACUCUAGCAGUAUUUUAGUUGACAGAAUUCUUCUCCUGGACACAUUCUUUCAGAUUCUUAUUUUCCACGGAGAGACAAUAGCACAGUGGAAAAAAGCCGGUUAUCAAAGUGAUCCACAGUACGAGAGUUUCCGUCAGCUUCUUCAGGCUCCAGUAGAUGACGCAGGUGAAAUCCUACAGGUUCGCUUCCCCAUGCCGCGUUACAUCGAGACUGAACAUGGGGGCUCUCAGGCUCGUUUCUUGCUGUCCAAAGUAAACCCGUCUCAGACCCAUAACAAUAUGUUUGCUUGGGGUCAAGAUGCGGCUGGAGCUCCUGUGCUCACCGAUGACGUCAGUUUGCAAGUGUUUAUGGAACAUCUCAAGAAACUCGCUGUGUCUAACACUUCCUAAGCAAAGAAUUCCUUGGGGAUACAUCUAAGGAGCUUUCCAUAGAGGAAUCCUAGAUAUCCUAUUGAAAGUACCUAGAGGGGACUACCUAAAAGAGAUCUACCUAGUAAUUUCAGAAUAGUAAAAGUUUAUGCUCGGUGAGGAAUCUCACCGCUGGCCUUUUUCUCGAUAAUUAGUGGUGAAUACACACAGACGUUUUGCCUUUAAGAAAAAUCUUUAAUUUGAGUUGAAAGUAUAUUCUAGCAUACCAAACCCUUUAUCUGUAUUAAAGAACGUUAGAGAAGCAA